GAUUUUUUUUAGUCUCGCUUUUUCGCGCAUAUUGUACGAGAAGAAAAACACAAUAUGGCCGAUGUGUUGAUUCACUCCCAAGGAAAAUAUGACUAAUGUUUACCAAAAUAGACGGCGUAAAUCUGAGUUUGCAAACAGCAAAAUACGAUGCAUGGUAUGAUGUAUGUGGAAGAUACACUUUGAUGCUGAAAAGAUUACGUGAUGUCUUCAGUCAGUGAAGAAGACCCUAUCAAAAGGGCAGAGAGGACUUGUUCUAUUGCACAGAGUAUGAUCGACUACACGGCGAAACAUUUGCGUGGUCUUAGAACACAAUGUGCAACUACAGAGGAAAUCACGCAGCAAGAAAUACGUGGUGCAGAGACGAAACUGAUCACCUACUUCACCAAUCAGUUGAUCCAUAUUCAGCGAGCUCGGGCAGCCAAUAAUGGGGUAUUGCCAGGGACGCUCACCAAGUACCCCAACACAGCCAGCUGGUUGGAGAUAGUGGGACUGAAGGAGGAGGUCACUAAGGGCAUCCUCACAGAGAGUGCAACAGUGGAGAAGCUGUUAGAAAUGAGCCCUGACCAAGUAACAGAUAUGCUGCAGAGAUAUAAAGGAGGGUUUGAUGAGACCAGCAGACUUAACAAGGCUUUGUGUAAACUGAAGAUCUGUUUAGAUCGCCAGACCCAUGGUGAGAAGCCAGGUGGCAGUGAUGAUUUCCACUGGGAACCCUCUGGCUCCAGCACCCCCACCACAGAGCAGGAGAAAGAGCGGGAAGAAGAACAACCCGAGAUCCACCCCAAGCCCACCAGCAGGCCUUCCACGUCAUCUCUGCCACCAAACACAGUUCUUGACAGACAUUCCAGUGACUCCACCCCAUCUCACAGCACACCUAACUCACCUGGUCCUCAUCCAUCACCAGACAGAAGAAGAUUAACACCACCACCGACACCUCCAUUGGGCAGGCAGUCUAAGCCAAAGAUUCACCCGACAGGCACUCCACCUCCAUUGAAGAGACACCACAUCAUACUACCUGAAUUUCCCCUGACUAAAAGCAAAUCACAUGAGUCGCAAUUGGCAAAUAGAGUAACAGAACAGAAAAGUAGCAAAUCUACAACUAAGAAGAAGCCGAUUAAUUUAAACCUGCAUGGCAGCCAUGACACCAUUUAUGAUGGCCGCCGUAUGUCCACAGACAGUGGAGAAAGUGGAGGGACAAAUAGAGCAGAUACUCUCAUGGUGCAAAAGUCCCCUAAAACUGCAAGGAGUAUGUUACAUUCUAUCAACCACAGAUUCAGCAGUAAACUUAUAUUCGGAGAUUGUGAUUACUGCAGUAAACAUGUGUUUAGAGGAAAAGUGUGUAAAUAUUGCAAGAAAAAAUUCCAUAGAGAGUGUGCUACCAAAGCUGCCCCAGCAUGUGGACUACCGGACGAGUUCUUAUAUAAGUACUUAGAAUUCAUUAGACAAGAUGGCGGGUCACCAGCUUCUCCAAGACAUGUGAUGGACCUAUCAGGCAACAACCACAACCACGAAAGUAACAACAAGAUGAAGCCUGUCCAGUCUGUCCCCACCUUCGUUUCAGUGCCAGACUCCAGCUCAAACCCCUCCUCCUGUAGCUCAUCCACUCCCUCAUCCCCUGCGCUGAUCACCAACCCCUCAUCCACAUCCACCAGUAUGACCCCACCCACCCCAGCAGGACCCAACUCUCCAGUGAUCAGGGUCACAGAGUUCCAGUUUCCAGAAACAAAUGAUAAUAGCAGCAUUGUAAGUUCUACAACAAGUGGCUAUCUGAAUACAUACAAUGGCUUUGAACCUAGGGUGAAUGAUAACCACAAUGCAGAUGUUAUAAAUACCAACACGUCAAAUGACAGUGACAAAACAAUAACAAGUAAUUCAGAAAAAAUUAUUCCCGACCGCACAGAUUCCAUAGAUAGUCAAGAUGAUGCCCUGCUGCAUCGGGCUUUAAGUAUAUCUGUUCAGAUAAAAGAAUGGGACAUCCCUUAUGAAGACUUAACAAGGGGUGAUAUAAUAGGUCAUGGAAGGUUUGGAACUGUAUACAAGGGUCAUUGGCAUGGAGAAGUAGCAAUCAAAAUGUUAAACAUGGACCCUAAUGCAGACAAUCAAGCACAGUUAUCAGCAUUCAAAAUGGAAGUGGCAAUGCUGAGAAAAACUAGGCAUGACAAUUUAGUAUUAUUCAUGGGUGCUUGCAUGAAGCCUCCGCACUUAGCCAUUGUAACAAGUAUUCUGAAAGGAUAUACUCUCUAUACUCAUAUCCACAUGAGGAAAGAAAAAUUCACCAUGAAUAGAAUAGUUAUCAUCUCAUCUCAGAUAGUUCAGGGUAUGAGCUAUCUUCAUCACAGAGGCAUUGUCCAUAAAGACCUGAAGACCAAGAAUAUUUUCCUGGAAAAUGGGAAAGUUGUGAUCACUGACUUUGGUCUCUUUAAUGUUACCAGGUUGUGCCAAGGAAAUGGGAAGGGGGACUUCCUUGUCAUUCCUCCAGGUUGGUUGUGCUACUUGUCCCCAGAGAUCAUGCGUUCCUUACAUGCUGGAGAGAGAAAUGAAGAUUUGCCUUUCUCAGAGCAUUCAGAUGUGUAUGCAUUUGGAACUGUUUGGUAUGAGAUGUUCUGUGGUGAAUGGCCAUUCAAGAAUCAGCCCCCAGAGUCCAUCAUUUGGCAGGUGGGGAGGGGCAUGAAACAAUCUCUUGGGAACGUCAAUGCAUCCAAAGACGUCAAAGAUGUAUUAAUGCAGUGCUGGUCCUACAAUCCAGAAUCGAGACCGGAGUUUGUCAGAUUCUUAAAGAUACUUGAACGUUUACCAAAGAAACCACUAUCAAGAAGUCCGUCACAUCCUAUCCACCUUUCCCGCAGCGCAGAAUCAGUAUUCUAAAUACAGUGAAGUGUUAACUUGAGAGAAGAGACUCAUCCGGCUAGGAAACAGGCUUUCCAUUCAUUUAAGUCAUUUAUACGAUGGUGCAGUUCUCUUAUAAAAGCAAGCAGCAGAUGGUGGGAGACAAUGAUGAGGGAAUAAAGGUUGAAUUUUCCAGAAGAGCAAAACCCCAACUGUUACAAAGCUGUGAUUCACUCAGUGAUACUACAGGAUUUAACACUUAGUGUUACAAUUAGUAUUAAAAGGAAUCGGCCAUACCACUGCUGCAGCUGAUGUGCAGUCUGCAUGCUGUUGAAGAGUGCAUCUGUUGUAUUGUAAUAACAUAAAAAGUUCAUGUUUUUAAAUGAAAUAGUUGCUUUUAUUUUGGUUUACUUAACAUUCUUGUACCAUGACAAAAUUUUUGACAAUUCUGCUGUUCUCUCUUUAGUUUGAUACCUUUUUAUAGUUGCCACAAAUUUGUAUUCUCUUUUACACCCAGUGUGAAACGUUAACUUCCUCUCAGUCUUAAGUAUGUGUAAGGCAACUUUUUAUUAGUGCAGAUGUGUAAAGAUCAUCUCGCACAAACUUCUAAGAAGUUUGAGAACACCCUAUGACAAGUGCAUCUGUCCACUCUUCAUGUCAGACUUGUACGUCUUACAUAUUACUUUAAAACAUACCAGACUUGUGCUAUAAGUUUUCUCUUAAUUAUGUGAGCAACGUUUAGACGCCACAUUAUCUUGUAAUUUGUUUUGUUCAUUUCAGCAUGUGAAAGUUGCACAGUGCUGUUGUAAGAUAACACCUGCUUGUUUGCAUCCAAAUUAUGUGUAUGGUAACAUGCUGUAAAAAGAAUUGUACAUGUUCCACUUCAUCCAUACGUCAUCAGUUUAUGUCAGUGCAAUAAUAUUAUGAUAUAAUAAUAUAUUGGACAAACGAUAAUUGUAAAUAAUGACAUGAAUAAAAUUGUAUUUAACUUCUGGAUAUGUUUGUCAGUAAAGAUCCAGUGUUUUUUGAGCAGAAAAUUAUUUAACUGCUAUGAAGAGCUGUGUGUCAUGUCCACCAUAAAUAUCAUUUGAAUGGGUACAUUAUGAUUAUGUAUUUUACUACAUUGCGUAACCCUAAUUGAAAAUAAUUAAUCUAAUUAAAAAUUAUUAACAAUCUUUUUAAAAAUGUCCCACCAAAUUUUCAAUUGCAUGAAAAGAUUCCACAAAGUUGUGUUUUUAAAGGUGAAAUUUUUGAGACCAGCUUACACACAUUAGGAACUUUUUAUUUUGCAA